GACCAGAGAGUUCUCAUGAAAAAAGAGACAAGCUGUUCUUCUAUCACUGCUGUUGGGCAUACUUCUGUGGAUGGGUACACUGAACCACAUGUCCAGCCCACCAAAUCAAGUAGCAGACAAAACAUCCCCCGAUGUAGAAACUCAAUUACAUCUACAAAUGAAGAACACCCUCACAUUGGAAAUUAUCGCUUACUAAAAACAAUAGGAAAAGGAAACUUUGCCAAAGUGAAGCUGGCAAGACAUGUUCUUACUGGAAGAGAAGUGGCUGUGAAAAUAAUAGAUAAAACCCAGCUAAAUCCUACUAGCCUACAAAAGUUGUUUCGAGAAGUACGAAUAAUGAAGAUAUUGAAUCAUCCCAGUAUAGUAAAAUUAUUUGAAGUUAUUGAAACAGAAAAGACACUGUAUUUGGUAAUGGAAUAUGCCAGUGGGGGAGAGGUGUUUGACUACUUAGUUGCACAUGGAAGAAUGAAAGAAAAAGAGGCACGUGCAAAAUUUAGGCAGAUUGUAUCUGCUGUGCAAUACUGUCAUCAAAAGUGUAUUGUUCAUCGUGAUCUCAAGGCAGAAAACCUUCUACUUGAUGCAGACAUGAACAUUAAAAUUGCAGAUUUUGGUUUUAGUAAUGAAUUUACAAUUGGUAACAAACUAGACACUUUUUGUGGAAGCCCACCCUAUGCUGCUCCUGAACUUUUUCAAGGAAAGAAAUAUGAUGGCCCAGAGGUGGAUGUAUGGAGUCUUGGAGUUAUUCUUUACACACUAGUCAGUGGUUCGUUACCAUUUGAUGGUCAGAAUUUAAAGGAACUGAGGGAGCGAGUAUUACGGGGAAAGUACCGUAUUCCAUUUUAUAUGUCUACAGACUGUGAAAAUCUACUGAAAAAACUAUUGGUACUGAAUCCAGUAAAAAGAGGGAGCUUGGAACAAAUUAUGAAGGAUCGGUGGAUGAAUGUUGGCCAUGAAGAGGAAGAAUUAAAGCCAUAUACUGAGCCAGAACCAGAUUUUAAUGACACCAAAAGAAUAGACAUAAUGGUCACUAUGGGUUUUUCAAGAGAGGAGAUCCAUGAAUCUUUAGUAAAGCAAAAGUAUGACGAAGUCAUGGCUACGUACCUGCUUCUAGGCAGAAAACCACCUGAAUUUGAAGGAAGUGAAUCCCUGUCCAGUGGUAACCUGAGUCAAAGGUCUCGACCCAGCAGUGACCUCAAUAACAGCUCGAUGCAGUCUCCUGCGCAUCUGAAAGUCCAGCGGAGUAUAUCGACCAACCAGAAACAACGACGGUUCAGUGAUCAUGGUGGGGAUGACGUUCAAACAAUUGGUCCAUCAAUCCCUCCGGCUGUAUCAUACACAAAAAGGGUUCAGGCAAAUAGUGUAGAAAGUGAACAGAAAGAGGAAUGGGACAAAGAUGUGUCACGUAAGCUCAGCAGCACUACAGUUGGAUCCAAAGGAGAGAUGGCAGCAAGUCCACUUGUAGGUCCAGAAAGAAAGAAAGCGCCUGCAAUUCCAAGUAAUAAUGUAUUUCCUGUUGGUGGAAUGACCAGAAGGAACACAUACGUUUGUGAGCGGUCUACAGAUCGCUAUUCUGCAGUACAGAAUGGGAAAGAUAACAGCCUAACAGAAAUGUCUGCAAGUAGCACAUCAUCUGCAGGCUCAGCUGUUGCUUCUGCUGUAUCAACACGACCUAGACAUCAGAAAUCUAUGUCUGCCUCUGGUCAUCCUAUAAAAGUUACGCUACCAACCAUCAAAGAUGGUACUGAAGCUUAUCGGCCAAGCAGUGCACCUCAGAGGGUGCCUGCUGCUUCCCCAUCAGCUCAUAGUAUUAGUACUACUACUCCAGACCGAACCCGCUUUCCUCGGGGGAGUUCAAGUCGAAGCACUUUCCAUGGUGAGCAGCUACGGGAGCGGCGUAAUGCCACUUACAAUGGACCACCUGCCUCACCUUCACAUGAAACUGGUGCAUUUUCACAUGCUAGAAGGGGCACUUCAACUGGUAUUAUAAGCAAGAUAACUUCCAAGUUUGUUCGAAGGGAUCCAAGUGAAGGCGAAGCCAGUGGCAGAACUGACACCUCAAGGAGUGCUUCUGGGGAACCAAAAGACAGAGAAAAAGAGGAUAGCAAAGAUUCCAAACCACGUUCUUUGCGAUUCACGUGGAGUAUGAAGACCACUAGUUCCAUGGACCCGAAUGAUAUGAUGAGAGAGAUUCGAAAAGUGUUAGAUGCUAAUAACUGUGACUAUGAACAAAAAGAGAGGUUUUUGCUCUUCUGUGUUCAUGGUGACGCACGACAGGAUAGUCUUGUUCAAUGGGAGAUGGAAGUCUGCAAAUUGCCACGGUUGUCACUCAAUGGGGUCCGCUUCAAGAGAAUAUCUGGGACUUCUAUUGCAUUUAAGAACAUUGCAUCCAAAAUUGCAAAUGAGCUUAAACUGUAAAGAGAAACUAAAUUUAAGGGAUCAGGGAAAAUUCAUACGUGAUCUACACUUACGUUUUGAAUGUACUGGUUACGCCUAGUGUGAUUGGCCUGUGAAACUCCCCAUGUAGAAAUUGUCCCUAUUGCAAUAAGGUUAUACAUAGUUAUUCUGAAUUGUAAAAUUAAAUUCAGUAUGACCUAUACUAAAUAACUGUAGCUAAAGAAGAUAUGUUCACAUGUACAGGUAAGUAUAUAGAGCAUUCUGUUCAUUUUAUGUUCAUAGAGUUGUAUAAUAAAAGAAGAUGAUUGCUUAAAUACAGAUCUUGUAUAGUUGUCUAGAUUUCUGCACAAAAGUGUAUGUUUGAUGCUUUGAGUUGAAAAAGUUCUUCCCUAUCACGGUUUACAUUUUUGGUGGUUUUAAUAAUUCUCCUAUCAUGCAUUUUUUUAAACUCUCAAGAAUCAAAAUGCACAAAAAUAGUUUUCACAACUGUAGCAUGACCAUUUUUAGUUAUUUAAAAGUCAUAUGUGAAUUUGAACCAGAAGUCGAUAAAUUGGCUUUUGUUAUACACAAGACUGUUCCUACUUACGUUUUGCUCUUAUCCUUGGUAUUGGACAGUGUUUAGCUGAAAAAUACAAACAUGUUUACAGUGUUGGCACUUAACGGAUUUUAAAAGAUUAUUUUGCGCUGGGCCAGCCGAGAGCUGCUGGGGAACAGAAAUCACAUCCAAGUAAUGUUUUGUGUGCAAAUUAUAAUGCUUACACUCAUGGCCUAUUGAAAAUGUAGCAUCAAAAUGGAGACGAGUAAAUUAUUUCAUUUAAAUAACAUGAUGUAAAAUAUCACUUGUUCGCUGCCUUCAAUAUAUUGCAAAUUCUAGUUGUGGAACUAUAUUAAUGUUGGGACUGUUUCAUAGCACAAGAUAAUUGGAAGUGUUGACCAAUUGUAUGAGUUAAUAAUACCACCUCAGGAAUUUACUGGCUUUUGGAGUAUUUGCCCCCAAAGACAACAUGCAAUUCCUUAUGAUACUUUACUGCUAAACAAUAAUGGUUGAUUUAUCGUAUGUGGUUGUACAAUUUGUUCCCAUGUAACUUGUUUGUGCUUAAUAUUUUACCAGAUUUCUUGUAUUUAUACCACAUCAUUAUGCCUGUAAUGUGCAGCUUUGUAAUUAGGCAUUUGCCUAUGGAAAAGAUUUCCUUCCAUAAUUAGUGAUAUAAACUAUGUAAAAUCACUAGCAAUGGUACCUUUUAAUACUUGUUAUUUUGUACUGAAUUAACCAUAGAGGUUGGUUGUGCAAUGUUAUUUAAUGUCGUAAUUACUGUAAUAUCAACAUAUGGGCCCCAUAUGCACACUCUUGUGGAGAAUAGAAAGUUCAUUCAAAAUCUGUCACUUUAAAAAAAAUUAAAAGCUGUGGUAAACUCUGUAACUCUAAUUUAGAAGGCUGUAAGUGUAGCUAAUGUGCCAUUCAAUAAUGGCUUCUUGACAGAGGUGGUUUUACAUGCUGUACUAUACUGUGAUGUAAGCUUUCUGUAACAGUUAUAUUCUGAAAUGGAUGUGUAUUGUUGCCUUAGAAAAAAGGGUGGUGUUUGGAAAGAAACAACUGUAGCCCCUUUUUACCUGGUAUUCAUUCAAACAAAUUUUGAUGCAAGUCAUCUAGAUUCACUUUCACUGGUGCACUCUAUUAAAACUUACUUGAACAGUUCUCAUACUAA